UGCUCUUCUAAGUCCACGUCAACAGAGCAGCGGCCAUCUUGAAUGAGGACAGAGGCCUGUGAUAGUUUUGUAGAAAAUAUCCAAGCGAAUUUUAUAACAUGGGAGCUGGGCAAUCUGCAGAUAUUCCUGGAGGUGGAUCUGAAGGAUACCAUGUUCUCAGGGUAAUUUCACGUCCGAUCUACUUUGCACUGUUGUUUUAUGCUGCUCUAGUUUAAAAGUUAAUUUAUCAUGGUGAGCUUACGUUGCAUUUUCAAAAGGUGAGCUUAGUGGUUUAUUGGACGAUUUCUUUCAUGUGCUAUGUUCUAGGUUCAAGAAAAUUCACCUGGAUACAAGGCUGGGUUAGAGCCUUUCUUUGAUUUCAUCAUAUCGAUCGAAAAUACGAGACUGGUAGGUUUCUAGUGUAGCAAUUUAUAGUGUUUAUCUCAAGCUUAUUUUAAAAGUUAAAAAAGAUAUUUUACUUUCUUUGUAGUAUAAGUGAAAUAGCCUGAAACUCUUGAUAGUAUAAAGAACAAUUAUUUAAGAGCUUUGUAAAAAAUAAUCGCUUGUGUCAUUUCUUAAAAACAGAUGUCUCUUUCUGAGUGCUUGAAGGAAACUUAUAAUUAGAGCACGUCAUUCCAUGCAAUUGAAUCAGCUGUGCUCAUGACAGAUAGUAGCAAAUUUGCAACCACAGCGUCUGUUGUCACAUUAAUAAAACUCUUGUUGCAGAAUGAAAAACGUAGUUAUAAUGAUAAUUAUUGUAAUAAUUAUAUAUGUAAUUCUUAUAUUUUUUAUUUUAUUGUAAAAGUGUUCAAAUAGAGAAAAAUAUUGUAGUAAGAUUCGCAAGUUAGAAGGAUAAAUCAUCUGAACGUAAAUGUUUGUGUUACCACAAAAUGCUGUGAUUGGUUGCAAGCCAUCAUUGAUGAACCUAAAAUGUAUAUAUAAAAAAAACAAGCAUGUGAUCGCAAACAAGAUAAGUAAUACUGGAGAGCUCCUCCUUAUGUUUUUUUUCUCAUUCUACAUUCUACGUUUGGUGCACACACUCUUCAUGUUAUUAUUUAAUGUCGUCAUUUUGGUCGUGCAAUUAGUUAGUUUUUUCCUCUACAUACCAAUGAUCCCCUAAAAGUAACAAAAGCUGUUUGUUUGAUCUUGCUAGCUUGGCAAUCAAUAUGUUUUUUGGAACUUCAUCAAACAAUAUUAAUUACUAUUGUAAUGCUUGGAAGGAAACAAACACAAUAAAUUUUGAAGCCGUAGUAUUGGCUAGAAUGAAAAUAUAGAUGAUAGUGCCAGAAAUUAAACAAAAUUAUUAUAAAGGAAAGUGUAAAUACAGUUAAGAAAUUUUUCCUUAUAUCUUGAUACAACAAGCUUAAAGAAACACAAAAAAAUCUAGGCAUAUUAAAUAUUUUGAUUUUGAAGCUUUGUAGUGAGUUGUGAAUUGAAAAAUGUUUAUUUCACUUUUUUAGGACCAAGAUAAUGAAACCUUGAAGGAAAUCCUUAAAUCUAAUGCAGAGAAACCUGUAAAAAUGCUUGUUUUCAGUAGCAAAACAUGUAAAGUUAGAGGUAAGAUCUUGGUUGUAAGAAAAUUAAUUUUGUAACUACAUGAUAAAAAUUACACCUUGUUUCAAAAUGCUGGCAAUUUAGUUAUUGUUACACCUUCAUGGCAAUUGGCCCUUAAUGCCUGUUUGUAAGGUAAAGAGUGUUUUGAAUUCCACUGUUGCAAUUGAGGCAAACAGCAUUCAAAAGAAAAGAAAUGUUGCCGCCCUUUUGGAAUAAGGUGCAUGGCAGUGAAGUUUCUAUAUUUGUGUUGGAUUUUUCUCCUCAAACUUACAUGUGUUAUUGAAUUGUGUUUCUAGAGGUAAGCAUCACACCAAGUAGUUUGUGGGGAGGACAAGGUCUCUUAGGUAAGACUUACUACAGUCACCUCUCUCCUAAUGGACAUCUCUAUGAGACGGACACUUUGGUAAAACUGACACCUAGGGUUGGUCCGUGGUUUUCUUUAUUCCCUUUAUUUGACUGUCCAUAAAAUGGACAACACUCUCAGACGGACGCUUCAUGCUGGCCCCAAGGGUGCUCAUCUCAGAGAGAAAUGACUGUACUGUAUUUAUUUAUAUUAUUUAUCAUUCAUAUGGUUAGCACGCUUAUAAAUUGCAGUAAUUUUUUCGUAGGGGUUACCAUUAGAUACAUUCAUCUGCCUUACGUUUGACGGUAGCUGACAUAUAGCCAUCAGACUGCUCAAUCAGUGAAGGAGAAUUGUCAAACUUGAUAAGCUUUCACCAUUUUCUUUUCAAGUUUUAAUGUUUAACAAUCUCUGUUUUUUCUGUUCUUUUCACAGGUGUUAGCAUUCGAUUUUGCUCUUUUGAAGGAGCAAAUGAAAAUGUCUGGCAUGUCUUGGUAAGUAUGUAUGCAGGUCUUCUGCAAGUCGUGUGACCAUCAUUGCAAUUCUCUAUUUUUAACACCCUUUCUUUUAAAGUACCAGUUUAAAACUUAAAUUGAAUAUCAUUAAUAUAUCUCUUACAGGAAGUUCAACCAAACUCACCUGCCAACAUUGCUGGAUUAAGGUCCAACACUGAUUAUAUUAUUGGAGCUGAUUCUGUUCUUCAUGAAGUAAGGGUUACAAUUCUCCUGUAGAAACUUGUUUUCAAUGAGGUUCUUUGUUUGUUUCUUUGGAAGAUCUCAUGAAGGUUUCUCUGUUUUCAUUUUGUAGUCUGAGGAUUUAUUUCAACUGAUAGAAAGUCAUGAAGGCAAAGUACUUAAGUUGUAUGUUUACAAUUCAGAAACAGAUGGCUGUAGAGAGGUAAAGUUUUCGCUAGUCUGAAACAGUACCAUAGAAUGUGUAAUUUGAUUCAUAGAGGGCUCUGAGCAAACUAAUGCUUUUCUUUGAGACUGGCAUAGUUUCAGUCAAAUGAUACAUCUCAGAGGGAGUUAUGGUGAAGAAAAAAUACGAAAAAUAAGCUAAGAAGGGUAAUGAACAUGUGUAAACCUUGUCACACAAGUCUCUUGUUGCUUUUUCUUUUAAAAUUGUAAACAUGUUCUUUGUUUGUAGAUAACAAUAACACCAAACAGAAACUGGGGAGGGGAAGGAAGGUAAGUUUUUGAAUCCUGUUUAUUUUAGCACACUGGAAACCUAAUAUUGUGGAUCCCCUCCCUCUCUGGAAAUUCCAGUUCAUACUUGUGAUCCCAUUUCAACUUGGCACUGUGCACUCAUCUGAUUUUGAAAUCACACAUAGGAGUUUCCAGUUUAGCUUCAUACUUUCCUUUUAUAAUUUUGACCUUUAAGACCCCCUCCCCCAUACUCCAUCAAAUCUCUAAUGAUCCUUUGUAUGGUGGGAAUAAAAUAUUAAUGUUUUCUCGGACCACAAUAUGCACGUAGCAAAGUGCCAGGACAUAGAGAAAAUGUGUUUCUUCUUUUGUGUUAUGUUAUGUUUGGUGUUAUCCGGAAUAUUUUUACCAUAUAGUUCUGGGGCAACAAAUAAUACAGCUAUACUGGGGGCAGGGGUAGAUCUAGAGGGGAAGCGGGGGUGCAGAGCUAGGGGUGUACACCUACCCCCAACCCACCCACUUUGUAAAACAGGGUGGUCAUGAGAAUUACAGACAUGAUCACACAAGAUUAAUUUACUUGAUGUUUUAUUAAUUUCUCCCCACUACUUCUGUAGGAAAUCAAUACGGGAACAAAUGAGAAUUCAGAUUUUGAUCUUAGGGUUUAAGGGUUAACUAAGAUGAGCAAGAAGUGGGCCCUGCACAGCACAUGACUCUUAUUUAUUUUACAAAAUGGUAUGACUUCAUUUAUGUUUGCGUUACAUUUGUUUUAUUUCAGCAUGGGCUGUGGAAUAGGCUAUGGUUACCUUCACAGAAUACCAAUCAAAGAUCCCUCUGAACUCCCUCCUCAACUCAAAGCUUCACCAGCUCCUGAUGGAUUUUCUGAUGUAAGUUAGCCCAGAUUCUGCUUCACAAAGUUUAGAGUUGUUUUUGAAAAAUUAAAAUAGUGAUAAUUUUGCUGAUGAAAAGAUUAUUACCCUAAAUGUUUCAUCAGAAACACGUCAGAACUUUAUUUAUUUAUUUAUUUAUUUAUUUAUUAUUUCCACAAUAAAGAUUACACAAGCAUUACAUUAUACAAAGAUGUGGCGAGGGGACCUCAGAAAACCACAAGGCUUGUACGAGGAGGCCCCCUCGUUACAAUAAUAUUAAGCAAUAGAACUAUAACAACACACAACAACGGACAGUACAAGACGCAUUAUCGAUAUAGUAGAAAAUCAAAAACUUUCGUUUUAAACGAUUGCAAUGUAAAAAUCGAAGUGACUGAGUUUGGUAAAGAAUUCCAAAUUUUAGGGCCUUGGAACAAAAUAGAAAAUUGUUUGGUGUUAGUUCGGCAGGCAUGAGAACGAAAUGCGAGGAACUUCUAGUAUUAUAAUUAUGAAUAUUGCUACUAGUAACAAAAAGGUUCGAAAAAAAGCGGUGGCAGUAAUUGAUGAUAAUAUGAAAACAUAAAUUGUGCAGUAUAGAAUGAAUUAAUGUUGUAUAUGUCCAAAAUCUUUAAACGGAAAAAUAAUGGUUCAGAGUUGUGCGCAAAAAUCUGCAUUUGUAAUAAUUGUACUGCUCGCUUUUGUAGAAGAAAAAUUCUAUUAAGGUUUGUUACAUAAGUGGAGGACCAAACUGUGGUACAAUAUGUUAAAUAAGGAUAAAUUAAGGUAUAAUAAAGAGACUUUUUUGUUGUUUCAGAAAGAAAGAAACGAGACCUAAACAUGACGCCAAUAGAUUUUGAAAUUUUCUUACAUAUAUAAGUAAUAUGCGGCUUCCACGUUAGAUGCUCGUCGAUAAAAACCCCUAAAAAUUUAACUACCUUUACUUGUUUUAAUAAAACCUCAUCAUACAAGACAGGAUUUAUUGGGAAGCCGACUGGUUUUUGCCUUGCUGCAAAAAUGAUAUAAUUAGUUUUCGUUAUGUUAACAGAGAGCUUAUUUGCUUUCAUAAAAAGAUCAAUUUGAGAUAAAUCAUUAUUUACGGCAGAAAUAGCACAAUUUAAAUCGGGAUUAGAAUAAAACACACUAGUAUCAUCUGCAAAAAGCAUAGUUUCAGCAAGACGAGUAGCACAAGGGAGGUCAUUGAUAUACAAAACAAACAAUAAUGGUCCUAAUAUAGAACCUUGAGGGACUCCACAGCUCAGAGUCAGCCUAAUAGAACAAGUCUCUUUGUACUGGACGAACUGCACGCGAUUUGACAAAUAGCUUUUCAACCAGCUAAGUGCUAGCCCAUGAAUCCCAUAAUGCUCAAGCUUAGACAAGAGUAUUUGAUGGUCUAAAGUAUCAAAUGCUUUUGAUAAGUCUAAGAAUAUGCCAACUGUAUAUUCGCUUCUGUCAAUAGCAGUUGCAAUUUUAUUAAUAAGAUGAAUUAAAGACAGCGCUGUAGAAUAUUUUUACUAAAUCCAAAUUGGCAACAAUAUAAGAUAUCUAAACGAUCUAAAAAAUUUGUAAUACGAUUGUGCAUAACUCUUUCAAAGAAUUUAGAAAAAUUAGAAAGAAGCGAAAUUGGACGGUAGUUAGUGAAAUACUGGGAAUCACCAGCUUUAAAUACGGAAUCAGUUUAGCAAUUUUCAGUUCAUCAGGAAAUACUCCUUUAAUAAGAGACAAAUUGAUUACAUUGGCCAAAGGCUGAGAAAUGAGAUCAAAGGUGCUUUUUAUUAUAUCCAUUGAAACGUUAUCAUAUCCAGGCGACUUUCCAGAUUUAAAAGAGUUGCAUAUUUGAUUUAGUUCGAAAUAUUAGUUGGAUUUAAGAUAAGCGACUCAUUAACAGAAACGCCAAGAAAACUACGAAAAGAUACUUGUGUGUCUGGAAUUUUCCUUGCUAAAUUCGGACCUAUGUUGGUGAAGAACUUACAAAAGCAGUUAGCUAUUUCUUGUGGAUCAUUUAACAGUUUUCCAUCAGAGAAAAAGGAAUUUGGCAGAGCUGCUUUUCUGCUCGGUUUGUUGAUUACAUCAUUGAUUAGUUUCAAGUUUCUUUCAGGUUAUUUUUUAGCCUUCUCAAAUUUUGUAUCAUAGUACUUUCGUUUAGCAAUUUUUAUAAGAUGAUUCAGUUUGUUCCGAUAGCGUUUGUAUUUUAACUCAGUAGUUGAGUCCCUAGAAUUAAUGAACUGCUUAUAGAGUUUAUCUUUUUCCUGAUAGAAACAAGCAGAGAUUGCGUUAUCCAAGGGGAGCGCAUUACUUUCUUUGUUUUAAGUUUUAUCGUUUUUAAUGGAAAGCUUUCAUUGUAUAAUCGAACAUACUCACUCACAAAACUAUUAUAACAUUCAUUAGUAUCGCUUUCAUCGAAACGUAAAUUCCAAUUAACACGAGAAAGAGAGAGCCGAAAAUUGCUCUUAUUUCUUUCUGAAAAAUCUCUUUUAGUGAGAUAUUUAGUUUGGCUAUUUUUCGACGCUAUUUCUGUCUCAUCCACUUCAUAAACAAAAACCGGUAGAUGGUCAGAAAUAUCAUUAAUAACAAUACCAUUGAAAUGUUUACACCUUACAUUAUUCGUGAAUAUAUUAUCAAUAAGUGUGGCCGAAUGAGCAGUGAUCCGAGUCGGUCUAUUGAUUAGAGGAAUGAACAUAUGGGAAAAUAGACUAUCAACAAAUUCUUGAGUAGGGGCAUGAUCGGAAUAAUGAAACAGAUCUAUAUUGUAGUCUCCACCCAAAUAACAAUAUUUGUCAUUUCUAGUUAUUUUAGCAAGAAUCUCAUUAAAUUUUUCCAAAAAGUCUCGAGUGUUAUAAUUAGGCGGACGAUAAACAGUACCAACUAUAAUAUUUUUCCCAUUGGGAAUGUUAAUUUCAACAAAAAGAGUUUCGAUCACUUCAGGUUCAGAAUAAUUACAAUCGCGGCAUAAUUUGUAUUCUAAAUCGUCAAGUAAAUAAAGACCUGCUCCACCGGCGGACUUGCUAUCGCGGUGGUUCGAAAUAAAUUUAUAUCCAGGUAUUUCCACCUGGUCCGACGUAAGCUCAGUUAGCCAGGUUUCCGAUACGCAUAUGGCAGAAAAUAGAUUUUGCAAAUGACUAAGCAGGGAUUUAAAUUUAACUUUGUUAGAAACAUUUGUUGUAUUUGUUAAGUUUACCCGCUACACAGCAUCUUUAUUUAUUUAACCCUUUAUUAGUCCCAAUAGUGACCAAGAUCAAUUUUCUCCUAACAAUAUCUAUACACUGUCAAGAGAUACGUUAUGAGAAUAAAUAAAAUGAUCACCCAAGAGAAAAUUCCUUGAUCUAUUAUCAAAUUCUCUCAACUAAUUCUGUAAGGGAAUGUAUGGAGAUCAUUUUGGAGAAUAUGUAUGUUGAUAUUGGGGCUCAAAGGGUUAAUGCAUAUUUGCAAUGUAUGCUGUUGUCAUUAGGUUCCCCUUGUUGGUCCUACGACACCACCCACGUCGGUACCUCUUGUUGCUGUUUCAACAUCAGCAUCACCAAGCCAAACAGCAGGUCUUGAGUCGGGAAUGGUGAAUUUGAAUCUUAACAAUCCUGCAGCCCCCGGCCAUGAAUCCAUUCAGUACUCUCCCUGCUGUGUCUCCAGCUACUACGACAACUGGAGCAUAUCCAGUGGGGGCUCCACUGGUGGCACCUGGUAGUACCUCGCCUUCAGUGCCUUCAUUCUCGCCCCAAAUACAAGGAACUCCUGUCAUAGGAGGACUGCCGCAGCCCUUGAUUCCAUUAGCACCAGUCAAUACAUCUCAAUCAUCGCCUCCACAAGCGCCAGCACCAGCUGAAACCUCCUCUGUCACAAUAACAGCAACUGCAGCUCCUCUUAUGACUGAUAUCACUGCCGGAGCAAGCCCAACUCCGUUAAUACCUGUGACAAGCACUUUACCUACGAGCGGUGACAUUGCAACAUCUUUUACACCAUCACCGCCACCAAAGCAACCCAUUGUUACAUCAUAGAACAGCAUAUAAUAUUUAAAAUGAUUUGACACUUACUGAAUAUAUUAAAAAAUAGUCCUAUGAGUAUUUGAUGUCAUAAUGCCAUGAAGGGUCAAAAGAGCACAGCCAUUAGAUUCUGGGACAUAGUGCAGCCCUGCAGUUUAUGGGGUUGUUGCAUAUACUUUGACAGACCAACCAAUUUACUCUAUGGAAGGUGUAUUUCAUUAGCCGUAUUCACACUAGAGAUGGAUCAUCUGUCUGAGACGGGUUAUCCGUUGGAUAAUUCACGUCAGACAAAUAAUAUGUCUAAAUCUGAAAAUGGAAUGGUCUUAAUUUUAGAUGGACAAUCCGCCUGACUUUAUCUAUCUGUUUUUCCACCAAAUUGGUGGUGUUUGAAGAUGGAUUAUCGGUCUCAGACGGAUAAUCCGUCUCUAGUGUGAAAACGGCCAUUAGUAUUUUUGUACUGUUUUAUGUGAAUCUUGUGCUGGUAAAGUCCUGAACAGAACCUUAAGGUGUAACUUGCAAAUGUGUGACUACUUUAAAUUAUUUUGUGAAGGAAGUUGUUGUGUGAAAAUGACUUUCUAAUGCAAAGAAACCAAUACAAGGCUUAAAAUGAUGCUGACUUGAUUUCUGAGACAAAAUUCUUUAUUGUGUUUUUUCAAAUGAAACCCCUUCAGGGUGAGUGUUGAGUGAUAUUAUUCUAAAUUGCUCCUCAAAAAAUGAUUUCGGGGAAAUUACAAUCAAGUGACCUGCAAUUGCGGAAGUAUUUCUAGUGAGGCCCAGUUUGGAUAAAUUCCGACAAGCAACAUGGCCUUAAAACAGCGACAUAGGACAGCAGAAAUGAUGACAAACGACACAAAGUUGGGCUGAAGCUACGACAGCAACAGAGAAAAACGCUGACAUUGACAUAGCUUCCUCCUCAAUAAUGCGAAACAGACAGGUUUCAGACGAGGGACAUACAUUACCCCGCUAAGAGGCAGAAAGAAGUGACAAUCAGAAAUACGUCUGUGUUUGCAGGCUAGAAAUCUAGUAGAACAAUGAAAUAUUUUGCAAUGUGGGAGACAAGUUACUCUAAAGGUUUACAAAUUAACAGUGGUCACACUUUUUUCUGUCACUCUAAUAGAUUAUUACAUACUUCUUAUUUUGUUUUAUUUCAUGGAAGGGAAAGAGUCAGUUCUACCAGGUUAUCACUCAAGAUAUUAUUAAGAUGUUAGCAUGCCAUUAAGGUUGUUCACCAGUUGUACAAUAAGCUUGAGAAUGAUAUUUUAAUGACAUGCUAAGUGCAGUGCAGGUAUAGUAAAAUACACUUCUGUAAUACAAAUAACGGUAGCAAGUGCAGAGUUGUCACAUCUCCGUAUAUGUUUGCAUAAUGCUUCCCAUAAAAUUAUCCUUCUCAAACUCAUCAAGUAUUACUUAUUAGGAAGCUUAUGCAAAUCGUCUUUAUGAGAGAAAAUACACUUGGCAUUUCAAACUUGGUAACGCCAACGCAUUUUAACCCUUUCGCUG